AUGCCAUGUCUUCGGCUGGAAGACGAAGCAGCCGCAGACUUCGCUUUGUCUGGACCGGCAGCAGCGGAGCUGCAAAUGCGUUUGCGUGCGCUACUGGUCGACGGCGGCCUGUUUUUGGCAGAGGCAUCAGAGUCAAUGACUCACACUGUGCUGCGUGCGAUUCAGGGGCGCAUCGUCUUUGUGAAGGCGGGUACGCCAGACGCUGGUGCAGUCUGCCUGCGCUGGCUCUUUGCCGUUUUCGAUGCCUAUUUCCAGGCGAAUUUUCCGAUGUUCGAGGAAGCAAAUGCUUUUGCUGCCUUUAACAUCGAUUUCCAGGGGCUUACCACACCAGACCGCUUCAAAUUCAUUCGAUUGCUGUGCCAUCGUUUUCAGCUCGAUGUGAAUGCCGUCUGGCGUCAGUUCAUCGGGAAUGGGAAAGAGUCAGGCUUGCUGCACCGAGCCCGGUGGCAUGGCUCGCAGGCCGGCUUAGCCCUUGCUGCUGCUUCGGUGCUGCCCGCAAACAGCAAUGACAAUGUACUGCGGCUUCGACCGCCUGAGAGCAGACACCAGCAAGCCUGGCUUGCAACCUGGAAAGAGCUUCGAUCGGGACCAGCCAAACAGCUCAUAGGCAUAUAUCUGGCGUCAUUGAGUGGAACAGGCACGGUGGACCGCUGGUUGGGGCAACUCAGGAAAAUUGAGAAAUUCAGGAGCGUCAUGGAUCCCAGGGGUGUCCAAGCAGCGCUGAAACUGCUGGUGCAAGAUGAUAAAGGAAGACGCCGUGAGGAGCUGAAUCCUCAGCAAAUGCUGGUUUCAUGCACGGCCAGAGUUGCUUCAGGAGGGGGAGGAGUGGCACAUCCGAUGUCCAGGUUUGGGCUUCGUGCGCAAAAGGUGUAUCAGCAGCUCUUCGGUGAGACACGCUUGCCAUCACGCGAUCUUGCGCCACAGCUGCCAGGCGAGAUUGCCAGAAAGCGUCUGCUCGCUGAUCGGCCUCGACUGUCUCAAUGCAGACCACGUGCAAAGAUCGGCAAGUCUGAAGCUGCACUUAUGGAGGAGCACGGCAGGUCCCUGUUGGCUGCAGUGAAGCGUGUUCAUGAAGGGUCGGAAGCUGGCGCUGCUGAUGGGCCGUUGGGGCGCAUCGACCUCCCACCGGCGAAGCGCCCGAGACAUGCUAUGAUGGAGGCAGCAGCGGCCGCUGAUGACAUGUAUUUCAAGAUGAGCUCUGGUUCAGAAGAGCGGCUGGACCCGUCUGAGGUGGCCGACGCACAGGGGGAUGAUUGCGCUGAGGCUUCCAAGGCUAUUGCUUUCCAAAAAAAAGUGCUGCAGAAGAAAGUUGCGGUAUUUGCUUCCGCAAAGCCAGGCGCGCCCGUGCCGUACGUGGAUGCUAAAGGCGGCCUGAUGAGGCCCGCUGCUAAGCCUCCUGUUGAUCCGGGCCCAGCUCCACCGCUGCCUGAAAAAUGCACUAUUCUUUUCGCUCCUGGUCUGAAUCCCCAACGACGCCUAGACUCUGCAAAAUACAGGCGCCGCAAAGAUGGCAAUUAUGCCCAGAGUACAGACAUGGUGGUGGUCAGCAAUCUGCAUUUGCACUUUGAAUCGCCUGAAGGUCUCUUUGCGCGGUUGCAUGGCAGCUGCCUGCUCAGCAAGGCCUCGUUGGAUGACCCUGAGAAGCAUGCAGAGGAAAGAGUUGCUUUCAGAAGUUUUCUUACGCAAGGCAGGCCCGUCUGUGUUUGUGUUCACGACAGCUUCCAGAGCCAAUAUCCUGCCCACACAGACGUCCUGGUGAAGGCGGCCGAUGUGAGCCCGACUAUGUCCGAUGGGAAGCGGCCACGGUUUGAGGUCCAUCGGCUGGAUAGCGCAGGAACUGUGCCCAGGGCAACGGCGCGGAAUCGGCUUCUUGUUGGUGACUCAUAUGAGCGGCCACCUGCAGAGGAGUCGACCGCGGAUAAUGUCAAGAUGGUAGUCUGGCAGAUGACUGACCUGUUUCGGACGGUUACUUUAGCUUAUGCUUCCUCCUCCAGCAGUGCGGCUGCCAGUCGGUCCAGCUGA